UUGCUUGAUAUAUGUACCUGGAAACGAAUUGAUUACAGGCGCGCCAGCGGUGUCGCGUGGCCGUGAAAUCGUGGAAACCAAAGCAUUUUCUGCACAGCGCCUGAUAUCGAUUGCAAGAAAAUAUGUCGGACAAGCCAGCUGAUGUCAUUUGCGAGGGCGACGUCUGCCGGAGGGUGACUCCCGAGGAGGCUGCCGCGCACAGCGCUGCUGCAGGUGCCUUGGGGGACACGCCGAGGGUGUUUGAGCUCUUGGGCGACACGCUCGUUGGCGCGGGCGGCAAGUCGGUGCCCCUGUCCAGCAUCACCGGCCCCGGCAAGGUGAUCGCGCUGUACUUCUCCGCGCACUGGUGCCCGCCGUGCCGUCAAUUCACACCGCACCUGGCCUCCAUCUACACCAACUUCAAGAAGGACCACGCGUUGAAGGCUGACUGGGAGGUGGUGUUUGUCAGCAGCGACCGCGAUGAGGAGUCAUUCAAGGAGUACUUUGGCGAGAUGCCAUGGGCCGCCCUGCCCUACGACAAGCGUGAGGCCAAGGCGGCCCUGUCGCAGCUGUACAAGGUGCGCGGCAUUCCCAGCCUCGUCAUCGUGGACGGUGCAACUGGCGAGCUGAUUACGGUGAACGGUCGCGAUGCGGUGGGCGACGACGAGAAGUGCGAAAACUUCCCCUGGCGGCCGCGCACAUUCGAGCAGAUCAUGGAGGGCGCGGUGCUGGUGGAGCCCAAGACAGGCGCUGAGGUGCCGGCGCUGGAGCAGCUGCGCGGCAAAGUGUCACUGCUGUACUUCUCCGCGUCCUGGUGCCCGCCCUGCCGCCGCUUCACGCCAAAGCUUGUUGACGCGGUGGAGAAGCUUCGUGCCGCGGGCAAGGCCGUGGAGGCCGUGUUCGUGAGCGGCGACCGCGACGAGGCCUCGAUGAAUGAGUACCACAGCCACAUGACGUGGCCGGCGCUGCCGUUCUCGGACAAGAAGCGCAACGCCGAGCUGAACAUGCGCUUCGAGGUGGAGGGCAUCCCCACACUGGUGGUGCUGGACGAGCAGUUCAAGGUCAUCACCACGGAGGGCACUGCUGCCGUGAUCUCUGACGCCGAGGCCGCGCGCUUCCCCUGGCGCCCACAGCCCCUGGAGGCGCUCAGCCCUUUCACCGCCGGCCGCAUCAACUCGGGGCCAACGCUGUUGCUGAUUGUGGACAUGGGCGAUGACGACGCCGCUGAGGCGUUUGCCAAGGAAGUGCUGCUGGGCGUGGCCACCGCCACCAAGGCUGCGCCCGGCGGCGAGGACUGGGCCUUCCUGUGGGCGCGCCGUGGCAACGAGAUCGCGCAGAGCGUGCUGGCGUUUACGGGUUUCAUCAAGGACGAGGAGGCGGAGGCGCCCGCAGGGCACCUGGCGGUCAUUACUGACGUGCCCCAGCAGGCGAUGUGGGACCUGAAGGCCACGGGUGUGGAGGUCAGCGCCGUGGGGCUGGGCAGUGUGGUGUCGGACUUCAAGGCGGGCAAGCUGGGCCCUGGCAAGAAGCUCGGCGGCGAUGACGAGUGAAGGAGGGGCAACCGAGGGACGUGGGCAGUGGGAAGGUUGAGUUGAACGAGUUGGGAAUGGAAAUCAGCGUUGAUUGGUCGAGAAAGGUGCACGUGGUCAGGUGCAUUUGCGCUGACAUGCAGGAUGUGCAGUUUUUGCCCUGUGGAGUCCCUGCGCAAGGCCGCAGCCUUGUUCGGCUUAGCUCUACGAAGGCGCACGUAUGUUAUUGCAGGAUGAGACGUGCAUAAGGUGCACUAACGCACUCACGGAAGGCAUCACACACAAAGGGCUGUAGAACGCGUCCGACGA